AUGGACACAGUCGUAGUUGUGUUUGAAAGACCUUCUUCAGUAUCGUUAAAAAGUCUGUCUGAGCAAGCUAGAACACUCUUAUUUCCCCUCCGGAUAUUUCCUGUGCAGAUGGAAAAUGGAAGAAUUAUAAAGAGAUGGGCACUUACCAAAUCAGAUAAAGAGUAUGCAUUCGUUGAAAAGGAAGAAAGAUGCGAAGUAUUAAAGAGUUUUGUUGAACAGCUCAGAACAAGUGCGUGUAUAGUUCUGGUGGAUAUGCAAAGUGACCUGCAGAAGAAGUGGUACUUCUGUAUUAAUACACAGGAGAGUGCUCUGGCAGUGUAUAUGAAUAGUAUAGAGCUGGACAGGUAUAAAGUAGAGAAUACUAUUUCUGGUGUUAUAGAGGCAUCUAAUAUAUUUUUUAAAAGAAUUACUAUUUCGCUUAUAGGAAUACGUAUACGAAAUAAAAGUGGAAAAAAAGAAAGCAUUGAUAUUCCAAUAGGUGUGGAUAAGAUUGAAUAUCCAAUACCAACAGAAAUGACAAUGAUACAGCACCAGCCCACAGGAAUUCUUAUACACUCCCGGCCUGCUGCAUUAGGAAGUGGACUCCUUAUGAAGAUUCUUUCAAAGAAUGAACUGUUCUUCUCUGCGUAUAAACCAGGAGUAUUCCUUAAACUGCAUUUAGUACAAGACAGACCAGUUGCAGAUAUUUUUAGACUGCCUGAAGCAAUUACACUCUUAGAUUCAUCCUUACCUUUUAUGAAGAAGUACCACUUGCAGGAAUAUUUACAGUAUGUAAUAAAGAAGUACGGAGAAGAUAUCCGCGCGCUUUCAACUAUUUUCUCGGAAAAGCCAGAAAAAAGAGAUUUAGAGUCUGCGCUAAGUGAAGAAAUAAAAAGAAUCCGCGUUAUACAGCUUGACAGAAGAAAUAGACUUCUGCAAGGAGUGAAUGACCUUCUAAGCACACUAUGUUUUAAAGAAAGCGAUCCAAGGCAUAUUAUUCUUGCAACUCUAAGUGUUAUAUAUAACGAAAUAGUUAAAAGACAGAAAAUAGAAGGCGUAGAUGGUCCCAUGUACAUUCACUUACCACCAAGUAAAAUAGCACCGCCUUCUUCCCUGCACAGCCUUUUAAAAGAAAUAGAAAUGUAA